AAUCCCAUGUAUACGUGUGUCCGCGCUCCGCAUUACUAAAACUUUCUUACGUCAAAUCAAUGGAUAUAACCUAACACGCCGCGAGUUUUGCAACUAUAAUUAUAAAAUGUGAAUAUUGUUCUGAAAAAGUAAUGGGCCAAUAAUAGUGUUGUAUUUCGGUUACGUGUUAAGUUUGUGAUGCCAAUGAUGUGAAUUUAUGUGUGAAGUGUUGAAAAAGGAGCUAUGAGUAUCCAAAAGUGCCUUCUGGAUAACUCCAGUAGGAUGAUCAAGGCGAUGUCGACCGCGAAAUCAUCUAAUAGUGAAGUAAAAACGGGGGUGCAAAGUGGGCUCAAAAAAGUCGGUCUGGCGAUGCUGUCGCUGUCGAUGCCGCUCGAUGACAAACACAAAAAAACCACACGCAGUUGGAUCGAGAGUACAUUUCAAAAGCGAGAAUGCAAAUUCUUCGUGCCCAGCGCUAAAGACGAGCACGUAUGUUGGUGCGGUCUCAGUAAGACUGCUCAUGGAGCGAACAUUCAAACAGCUGGCCCUGGCGACGCCUGGGUACCGACUCGGCACACCCAGGCUGCUCCAACUGAUGCGUAUGGCACCAUUGAGUUUCAGGGAGGUCCGCACCCGACCAAAGCACAGUACGUGCGACUAUCCCACGACACUCGGCCGGACUUGAUAGUCCAGUUACUUACGAGGGAAUGGGCUCUGGACAGACCGAAGCUUCUCAUAACGAUACAAGGUGGAAAAGCUAACUUCGAUCUUCAGCCUAAACUCAAGAAAGUACUUAGAAAAGGAUUGCUUAAAGCUGCGAAGACAACUGGAGCUUGGAUAUUUACAGGAGGGACCAAUACAGGUGUCACGCGCCAAGUUGGAGAUGCACUACAGUUGGAGCGUUCUCAACGAGCAGGUCGAGUUGUCAGUAUAGGAAUAGCACCAUGGGGUAUCGUGGAGGGCGCCAACGAGCUCAUAGGAAGGGGUCGCGACGUGCCCUAUCAUGCGAUAGCUUCUCCAAGAUCAAAGCUAGCUGUUUUGAACAAUAGACAUGCUUACUUCCUACUCGUGGACAACGGCUCCGUCGGUCGGUACGGCGCUGAAAUUGUUUUACGGCGCAAAUUGGAGAAGUACAUUGCAGCACAGAAGUUGCACCCUUACACACAUUCAUCAACUCCGGUUGUGUGUCUCGUGAUAGAAGGAGGAACGAACACUGUGAGAGCUGUGCUGGAAUACGUCACUGACAACCCACCUGUGCCCGUCGUUGUGUGUGAUGGGAGCGGCCGAGCAGCGGACCUCAUUGCUUUUGUGCACAAGUACGCGUCAGAAACUGGCGAGCAGACGGUGCUGGAAUCUAUGCGGGAUUACCUGGUCGGAACCAUCCAGAAGACUUUCGAAGUUGGAACGCAACAAGCAGAGUGUCUAUACAGUGAACUGUUGCAGUGCACCAGGAAAAAGAACUUAAUCACCGUGUUUAGAAUCCAAGAACGCGCGGAAGGCGGCGAGGUCCAAGAGCUGGAUCAAGUGAUACUAACCGCGUUAUUCCGCGCCCAGCACCUGUCUCCCAGCGAACAACUGUCUCUGGCGCUAACGUGGAACAGAGUUGAUAUCGCGAGAUCGGAGAUCUUCGUCUACGGGCAAGAAUGGCCGCCAGGUGCCCUUGACGAAGCAAUGAUGCAAGCUUUGGAACACGACCGCAUAGAUUUCGUGAAACUUCUCCUGGAAAACGGCGUAUCCAUGAGGAAGUUCCUGACGAUACCACGGCUUGAAGAACUUUACAACACCAAAAGCGGACCUAGUAACACCUUGAGAUAUAUACUAAGGGAUGUAAGGCCCCACCUACCCAGAGGAUAUGUGUACACCCUACACGAUAUUGGACUAGUGAUUAAUAAAUUAAUGGGGGGUGCUUAUAGAUGUUACUACACCCGUCGCAAGUUCCGUCCGAUAUACGCGAAGGUGAUGAACAAGAGUGUAAACGUUCACCGCAACAGCGCGUCCUUCACCCGACACAACGCCGGCGGUCUUUCGCUCAUCACCGGCUUCAUGCCCGUCACGACCGAGAUGGCACUAUUCGGCUAUCCGUUCAAUGAACUAUUGAUGUGGGCGGUUUUGACGAAGCGGCAUCAGAUGGCGCUACUAAUGUGGACGCACGGCGAAGAGGCUCUCGCUAAAUCACUAGUGGCCUGCAAGCUGUACAAGGCUAUGGCCCAUGAAGCUGCCGAAGACGAUAUGGAAACUGAAGUUUAUGAAGAAUUGCGUCAUUAUGGCAAGGAGUUUGAGACCAAAGCGCUUGAAUUAUUAGACUAUUGUUACCGUCAAGACGACGAUCAAGCGCAACAGCUGUUGACUUGUGAACUUCAGAACUGGUCCGGACAGACUUGCUUGAGCCUCGCCGUAGCCGCUAACCACCGCGCUCUCCUUGCCCAUCCUUGCUCACAAAUCAUCCUCGCCGACCUGUGGAUGGGAGGACUCAGGACACGAAAGAAUACCAACUUGAAGGUAAUUCUGAGCCUGCUGUGUCCGCUGUACAUUCUGCAACUGGAGUUCAAGUCAAAGGAAGAGCUGCAGCUGAUGCCGCAGACGGAGGAGGAACAUCUCGAGAACGAGAGCAUGGAGGACGACCGGAGUACGAGAGAUCCGACGGACGCUGAGCAGGCGUUGAUUGGCUCAGGGGCCGAAUGCGAAACCCGGGUCGAUCAAAACGGGAAAGUCGGUAAAAUUGGUUGGGACCCAACAUACAGAGACUUGCCGGAGUACCACGUGCCGGAGGACAAGAGGAUGAGACCUUUGAGACUGAGGAAGAAGAUAUAUGAAUUCUUUACGGCGCCGAUUACCAAGUUUUGGGCGGAUUCGAUCGCCUACAUAUUGUUCCUACUGAUGUUCACUUAUACAGUAUUAGUCAAGAUGGACCCGACGCCAUCUUGGCCGGAGAUAUACUCCAUAUGUUAUAUACUUACGUUUUUAUGUGAGAAGAUUAGGGAAAUUAUUACGUCCGAACCUGUUGCUAUUAGACAUAAGUUCAGCGUGUGGGCAUGGAACAUGUGGAAUACUUACGACGCAGGAUUCAUUAUAUUCUUCCUGGUGGGGCUCACGCUGCGCCUGCGCACCAGCUCGAUGGACGUCGGACGCGUCAUAUACUGCGUUGAUAUCAUUUACUGGUAUCUACGAAUACUCAACAUAUUGGGCGUUAAUAAAUAUUUAGGUCCCCUAGUCACAAUGAUGGGUAAAAUGGUAAAAAAUAUGAUAUACUUUGUGGUGCUGUUGCUGGUUGUGCUGAUGUCGUUCGGGGUGGCGAGACAGGCAAUAUUGUAUCCAGACAAGGAAGCAAGUUGGUAUCUAAUAAGAGGGGUUUUCUUCCAACCGUACUUUAUGCUGUACGGUGAAGUAUUCGCCGAGCAGAUGGCACCACCUUGCGGGCUCCCAGGGCUCGAAGAGUGCCGAGUCGGCCACUGGGUGCCUCCAGUUGUGAUGAGCAUAUACUUGCUCAUCGCUAACAUAUUAUUAGUGAACCUUUUAAUAGCCGUUUUUAAUAAUAUAUUCAUCGAAGUGAACGGAGUAUCCCAUCAGAUAUUCUUCCAACCGUACUUCAUGUUGUACGGCGAGGUGUUCGCGCCUGACAUCGCACCCGAAUGUGGUUUCGGGAUCGGCGACCAAAAGUGCGUGACCGGCCGCUGGAUUACACCCAUCGCGAUGACCAUCUACCUCCUCGUCGCGAACAUUCUCCUUAUAAACCUCCUUAUCGCCGUCUUUAACAAUAUCUUUAACGAAGUCAAUGAAGUCUCGCAUCAGGUGUGGAUGUUCCAAAGAUUCACCGUGGUCAUGGAAUAUGAACAGAAACCAGUUUUACCCCCACCAUUAAUAAUAUUCUGCCAUAUUUACGCAACAUGUAAGUGGGUGACCAGGAAUGUAUCCCACAAGAGAUUCCAGUAUGAUAAUGGUCUGAAACUGUUCUUGGAGAAGGAAGAUAUGGAACGGCUAUAUGAUUUCGAGGAAGAAUGUGUCGAGGGAUAUUUUAGGGAACAGGAAGUAAAGUUAUCGAAUUCAAUAGAAGAAAGAGUCAGAAACACGACGGAUAGGGUGGAACAUAUCACGACUAAAAUGGAAGACUUUAACCAAAAAGCUAACUGCCAAAUACAGUCUAUACAGAGCGUAGAAUUUAGAUUACGCAAGUUGGAAGACGUAGCGGAACAGACUAUGAACCACUUGGCUGUGAUACAUCGGUUCAUGGCCACGCAUCCGUCUCUAGUUAAUCGAGGAUCGACUGACACAUUGGGACCACCACCACCGACCUUCCAAACUGGAGCAGCACGGCUCAGAACAGCCAGUGACAGAUCUGAGGUGCUGUCGGACAGCGACACGGGGGCGGCGCGCUUCGCGGUGCGCCCCGUGCAAGAGGAGGACGAGCACGCCUCGCAGCCCUCCGAAGACGAGCUUCCUCAGUCUGGUCCGGAAGUCGUAGAAAAGGAAGCAGAAGUAGGUUCUUCUUCAUCAUCAGCGGGAAGCGUUGCGGGUCCAGAUGUAACAGUCAUCAGGCCAACUGCACCGGCUACACCAGCGCGUCAAAGAUCUUCUGAAAGCAAUAGAACUGAACCGAGUGAAGAGAAGAAAGCGUCAUCGACGGUUGACGACGCGUUCUUGCCGGAAAUGCGUGAAGUGCCGUCCGAAAUACAGAGUCUGCGUCCUCGAACGACCUCAGCGGGUACGAGACGAACAGCCAACACGAGGCGGCGUUCGGAAGGCGGUAAUGACUGUGGUAUGGGCGGACACCACUCCGCUCAGCACCUGGCGCCGCGCAGGCAGCACAGUCAGACGCAUUCGGAACCCGAUAAUUCUGCUGUCGAUGCGAGCUCGCUUCAGAACUCGGUGUCAGGUUGGGAAGCCACUGGCGGCGCGACCGGCAUCCCGUCCGGCAGAACACGCGUAGGCGGCGCACCGAGAUCGUUACUACUAGCCAUGCACGAGUAUACCAGCAUCACUGAUGAGCUGGAGACUGUUUAUGGAUUGUUUUCCCCUCCUCACACACCAAGGACACCUAUCACAACUCGUCUCCUAUCACCGGGUCGCGCUGCGUCACCAUCGAUUCGUCGACGGCACGCAAGCGAAAUGUCCAACCCAGAGUUUGCACUUUUUAUGGAAAAGGAACACCUAAGAGGAGCGGAAGAAGACGAUUAUAUCAUCAUGGAAAAUUUGAUUCAACGUCGCCUAGAAAUGGAGUCUGUCCUGGCCAGAUACGAGGAGGAGGAGGGUGUGGACGGGGAGGGAGAGGGUGGAGUGAGUGGUGUCAGCAUCAGCGUCUGCGUCAACACCAGCGCUGAGGAACCGCAAACAACCACACUGCUCACGGUCAGCGACAGGAGGCUCCCGCAUCAGAGGCAUUCCCUGCGAAGAGCGUCAGCUAUCGACAGUCGUGAGUUGCCUUCACCGUUGCAGCCGCUACUUGGUGAUGAUACUUGUGGAGAAGUACUACUGCCGGUUCCGAGGCAACCUUCAGGGGACACGAACGCAUCCAGCGAUCUGUCGCUCUCGCGCAUGGUGAGCGAGAACCUCCCCCCGCGGCCGUCCAUCGUGCUGGACUCGUCGCAGCUGCCGCGCCAGCGCUCGGCCGAGCAGCCGCCGCCCGCGCCGCAGCCCGCGCGCCCCGAGACCAUGUGCUAGGAGUAAUAGCAUCGCACUUAUUAUAAAGAUCUUUAAGAAGUAGAAGAUGGACUAUAGGAAUGACCAAAAUUUUUAAGAAAUAUAUCAAAUCAUGAAUAACGAUGGGAUAAAAAACCAAAAACUUUAUUACAAUAAGGGCUUCGUAGCGAAUAUUUAACGUGUCGAAUCAAGAUGUAAAUUAUACUAAGUUAAGACUCUCAGAGUUGUUAAUAUUUCCAGAAAUACCCUAUUCUAAAAUUGGACAUAAAAUGUAUUACGAAAAUUGUAUGUUCAAUCAGACGUUGGUAAAGUCGUAGCAAUUUUAUUUUAAUUAUGUAAUGCUAAAUAUUGACCGUAAAAACUUCUUACGAAGGCUAUUUUCAAACCCGCUUAAAACAAAAGCAAAGCAUUUUAGUAAUGAGGCACCAUUACGGUAAUCAUACCUUAAAAUGAAAACAGUUCAUUAUUCGUUUUUUAGAAGCGAUACUUUUUUUAAAUCAAAAUAACUUUUUUCUGAGUUAUUAAAAUAUUUCUACACCCAUAACAGUAUAACAAAAGAAAUUCAAUUUAUACACGCACACGGUAAAAAAAUGGCGUUUGAGAUCUGUCAAGUUGACAGGUCUCAUUUAUUUUAGCGGAAAAUUCCGCUUUACCUUUAGAAAAACUAUCGAACCGUCUGACGUUUACAAAUGCAAGCCAAGAAUUGUUAGAAAUUGACUGAAUCAGCGACUUUUUUUCAACCUGUGUGUGUGUGUGUGUGUAUGUAAAAUCUAAAUACAUAUAAAAUCAAUAUUAUUUAUUUAAAAAUAUAUAUUUUAAUUUAUCUUGCAAUCAUAUUAUAAAACGUGAUGUAAUGUUUUAACUACUCUUAAAAAUAGUGAAAAUUGUAUUAUUCUUUGAUCAGACGAUUUCGCCAGUGAACGAAAUAUCGUUGGAUUUUCUUUUUAUAAAUUAUAUUGAUGUUUAAUUUCCGAACGAAUCUAAAUGAAUUUUUACUAUAUUCUUUAAAUUGAUAAAAUAUGUAUGGAAAGUAAAAAGAGUAAUUUUUUUGGAAAAAUUGUUCUUAUGUUUUUGCUAAUAAAAUAACUUUUUGCUUCUCUUCUAAAUAUUCAUAGUCAACAAUUUUCUCUGCAGACAAACAAAUGCAAUGCUUAAUUUAAUUCCUCUAUUCUCACUUUCUGAAAGAUUAGCAACCUUGUUGUUAUUUCACGAGAUUUAACAAUAGAUAAUAUAUUUUUAUUAUCUCUUAUAUCCUUUUGAAAUAACAUAAUAAUGCUCUUUAGUCAAAAUAUAUAAUUUUACGGAAAAUAACCUCAAAAGUUGCUGCGACAAAUUUCGAAGGAAUUAAAAAUUAAAAAUAUUCGUACCAUAAUUAAUUGCCAAAAAUGAAAUAUUGUAAUCUCAAAGUAUUUGCAACGUUAGUUAAUGACACUUUACGUCACAUGUCAAAAACUUGACGCAACCUACAUUUGUUUAUUUCGAAAUUCGUUAAACUAUGGUUACAACAAGCAGCUGUGAACCAUUAAGAAUUUAUUUAUCUAUAGCUGUGUUGACUUUUUAAUUCGAUUCGUUAACGUUUAUUUUUCGAAAGCUUUUUUAAUUCGUCUUAAGUUGUCAUUUGAGGCUACCAUCCUAAUUCUUAAUGUGGAUUUUGUAAACAUUUUUUUUUAAUGGACACAAAGAAAAAAGCGUAAAAUUUUAUAUUUGUAAAUCUUGUACUCGUUAAUCUGUUAUGAAUACAAUUUUGACGACGAAUCGUGAUUCUUCGAAACAAAUUAAAUUUUAAAUAUUACUAAUUUGAAUAACAACGAAUGACCUAAAUAAUGAUAUAAAUAAUAGAUAAAUAUCUUAUUUAUUUAAAAAAAAAUGCAUAACAUUUUUACGGUCACACUGACAUACGAGAAAGCAUUUUCAAAAAUAGAACACCUACCAGUUGACAUGGUUUUAUAAAAUGUGAUAGUUUUUUUUUUUACAAAGUAACAAAUAAAUUGACAUCGUGUUAUCUGAUACCGUUUUUUAAAUUAUUGUACAGAAUAGAAUGUUAUUAUCUAGACAAAGACAAUACAACACUAGUGCUCACGGUGUAAAUAAUAUCAGAUAGAUUACGAAAUAAUGUUACCGGCGUUGAAAUAAUAUAAUGAAGGGUAAAAAAAAAUGCAUGUUGAUUGUGAGAGUAAUCUAUAUAAAAUAGGGUCGUUAUCCAAUCUGUUCAAAUUUAGGCUGUAUAUAAAAUACUUAAGCUAUAGUAGAUUUAAAAAAAAAAAACUAAAAAAUUUCAAUCUAUGUAAGAAGUUUAUCUAAAGCUUUUGAAACUUAGCACUUUUUCUAAAAUCUUAUACUGUAUUUAUUAAUGUACUUAAAAGUAUCUUUAUACUCUACAUAUCGAAAAAAAUAUAUCUGUACACAUAAUAAAAAUAGUGCAAUUCUUUCUAUACAUAAUCAUUUUAUAUUUAUCUAAAAUUAUUUUUAUCUAUUUAUAUAUAUAAUCAAUCUAUAUAUAUAAUCAACGCAUUCUUUAAUCAUACAUGUAGCAGAAGUGAAACGUUUUCUGCGUAAAAAAACGUUUAAAUAUUCCAAAGGCAGGUAAAGUAAAGAUAAAAAACCUUAUAUUUACAUAUUUCAUGCGAUUUACUAAUAGCUCUGCUGUUUUCAUGUUUAAUACAUUAUUACUUAUAAUAAAACCAUUUAUAUCCUUCAGUUUUACUUCCAAAGUUCCAAUAUAACGCUGGCAUUCGAUACGCAAUUUUUAUAUUAUAUUUAAAUUUUAUUUAUUUAUAUUUUAUUUUUAUGAAUCUGUAAUGAAUACCACAGAUUAUUUAGAACUCGACUUAAACCAGUUAUGUCAUUUCAAUUCAUGAUUACAGUUGUUUUUUUAUCUUUACUCCCCUUGUUCUUAAUUCCAGCGGGGAAUAGUUUUAGUUAAAUUUCAUAACUAUUCAAACUCGCCCUUUGAUUUUUUCGGUGAGUCCAAAUAAGUUUCGCUUCAAAAAUAAAUUCGGUACAAAAUCAUUAUGAAAAUUUUAAUUACAGAAAAAUGUAUUUAUCAAAGUUGAAAAGUAUUUUAAAUAUUUAAAAAAAAUGUUAAUGCGCUCAUUAUUUUCCUUCAGAUAUUUUUUAAAUUUAUUUAUUUCAAACGACGUUUUAUCGUAUGAAAAAUAACUUAGCGGUCUAUAUAGUUUUUUUCGUCACAAUGUGUUCAUAUAUACCAAAUAUUUAGUGCAAAUUAUAAAAGUAACAGAUUAAAAUAAUCAUCAUUUUGUACAUAAAUAUCGAACAGAGUAUAUAAAUGGUUUAAACACGUUUAUAUUAUGUAUUUCACGAACUUCAUUUUGAAAUUUUACUAUGCAGCAAAUUUACAUAUAUGUAUUUUGUUUUAAAUUAAUAUUAUAUUCUACGACCGAGAGAUGAUUAAUGAACUGAACCAAGAAAAUAACUCGAGUUAUUAGGAUUACUAUUCGACGAUGUAAAUCAUUCAUUUGUACUUUUCGUUUGCUAUAAAGACCACUAGUUAUUAAACUACGUAACGUAAAAAUCUUCUUUAUUUUAUAGUUGUUACAUAUUAUAUUAUUUUUAAAAAAUGUCCGAAAUCAAAUCGGAAUAUUUGAUAAAUGAAAUCAAUUUAAUACCUGUGCUUCUAAUUGUCUAUCUUAAAAGAUAUAAAUACAAAUUUUUAGGUACAAAAAUUUUAAUAUUACUGAUGAAAUAAUUAGAACUAGUCCCGCUUAAAAAAGAGAAAAUAGCAUGAAAUAUAUAUUGCAAUUUUUAAUCGUAAAGUUUAAUCGGGUGCGUUCGAUAAUCAUAUUUGAUAAUUUUACCGUAUUAUUCAUAAACGUUUAUUAAACAUAUUAUAACUUAAGUAAUAUUUAUCUCGUGCUUGACGAUCGUUCAUCGAUUAUAAAAAACCCACAGAGGAACUUCGUGGUGGAAGAAGUUCCAACCAGCGCCCUUAACUGCCCACUCCUGAGUGGUGACUUACGAAUAGUCUGCUUGGCUUUCACUUGUUAACUUUCAAUCUAGGUAUUAAAUACAUCCUUUAUUUAUACCGCGUUUACAUUAUCCAAUGUCAUUGCUUAUUAUUAUACCAUUUUUACUCUCAAAAAUUGCAGUGUCGAAGGUAAGGAGGCUUCACUCUUUUCUACGGCUUUUGUCUUGAUCAAUUUCCUGUUCACAAUCGAUAAAUAAAAUGUAAGCAAUAACGCACAGCGGGACUUAAAUGUAUCAAAUUGAGAUAAGAAUUCCAAAUCACGAGAUCAAAGAUUAGCGGUAGAAAGACAAUAGGCAUCGCUUCGACUCAAAUGGAAUAAAUUCAUCUAAGUCCGCUGGGUCUGAUAAUUAAUCUUUAAAAUUUAAACUAAUUUUAAAGUAAAUGCUAUCCCUUUCCUAUGUGGUGGAAUUAAAAAUGAUAGUACAGCAUUAAGUUUUGUCAAAAAAAUUUUGUAGUAGUUUACAAUACUAUGCAUAAUUGUUUAUGCACUACCAAACAUUCAGUUUAAUUACACAAAGGUGAGUGACCUUUGUGUUGGUAUGUUUUAAUAAAUAAAGGGCUAAUGGUACGGAUCUGCCUUCAGCCCUAUCGACUACUAUCAAUAAAUAAAUUAUAAGUAAAUAAAACAUAUUUAAGUUAGAAUAAGUUUAAUAAACUUUAUGUAUAAGGUCGUUAGUAUUUAGCAAAUUGUGUGUAAAUAUAUAUAAUGUUAAUGUGGAAGCGUUGUUUUAUACCAAAUGAAGUGAUUGAUUCGGAUGAAACGGCACUUACUUUCAUCAUCUAUGAUCAUUCUUCCGAUUUUCAUGGCGAUGUAUAAAUCACUUUACUGAUGACUUUUUAACUUCAGAAACUUUCACAACUUCCUUUAGUUCUGAAGAAAUAUUAAGUACAGAUUCAUAUUAUAUUUAUAAACUCAAGACACGUGAAACGGCGAAACGAUAGAAAAAUGAUUGUUUAAGAUGCUCAUUCGGUUCCCUGAUAUAAAAAAACAUACAAAUUAUGAAAUUGCAUAAAACCUUUCAGAAACUAUUCAGAUAACAAAUAUUUUAUCCUGAUAAUAUUGUUUUAACAUAAUUUGACAUACAUUCAAUUCGCAAAUAUUCCACUUGGGAUAUGUGCAAAGGUUUAAUUUAUAUCCCAAUCGAUGUAUGAUUAAUUAUUAUUAAGUUAAUUGUUUGUCAAAUUAUAUUUUAUGGAAUUAAACUUUGUCUGGUAAUUUAUCAAAUGUAUAAUUUAUAAAACCAAUCGUUUAUAUAAAUAUGAUUCAUAAUUGAGCCAAAAGUUGUUUAUAUAUUUUUUUAAAACAACUGAUUGUAAAGUGAAUAUCGACACAUAUCGCUUUCGUUUCGCUUUGUCACAGAUAUGAUGCCUUUAAAAAGACUAAACAAUUAUCGCCUCAAAAUUUGGAAGAAAAGAAAACGCAAAUUCCAAUGCACAAGUUUAUAUCAUACAUUGUAUCAAAUCAAUUUGCUUUCAGCACAACGUUUUAUAUUUAAGCUAUUUCAAAUAUCUGUCCUUAUUGGGAUUUCUUAAUAGAUCAAUCUUCAGAGUGAUAGUACUUCGUCUGUGUUACGUAAACAACAAUGAUACAAUAAAUAUAUUUGUGAUAA